AUGGACGAACAGAUCCUCGCCGCUUCGGCCAGGUACCCGAUCGUCGAAGGCCAGACGUACAAGUAUGGCACCGCUGGCUUCCGCAUGAAGGCCGACCUCUUGACCGGCGUCGCCUUCCGCGUCGGUCUCCUCGCCGGCCUGCGAAGCCGCAAGCUCAACGGUCAGGCCAUCGGCGUCAUGAUGACGGCCAGCCACAACCCGGCCAUGGACAAUGGUGUCAAGAUUGUCGAUCCCAUGGGCGACAUGCUGGAGCAGGAGUGGGAGGCCCACGCCACCCGCCUCGUCAACUGCUCCACCCACCAAGAGCUGCUCGACUGCUUCAAAGCACUUGCUCAGCAGCUGAAGAUUGACCUAUCGAGCCCCGGCCGCGUCGUCUACGGCCGCGACACUCGUCCCUCCGGCCACGGCCUCGUCGUCGCCCUCGCCGCGGCCCUCGACGCCACCGGCACCGAGCACACCGACUACAAGAUUCUCACGACGCCCCAGCUGCACUACCUGACCCGUUGCGUCAACACCGAGGGCACGCCCAAGUCGUACGGCCACACCAGCGAGGCCGGCUACUACGAGAAGUUCUCCGACGCCUUCGUCCGCGCCCUGCGAGGCCGGAAGAUCCAAGGCCAGCUCACCGUCGACUGCGCCAACGGCGUCGGCGGGCCCAAGUUCGCCGAGAUGCUCAAGCUCAUCCCCAAGGACGUGACCGGCUUCGACGUCAACGUUGUCAACGACGACGUCCUCCGGCCCGAGGUUCUCAACCUCGAGUGCGGUGCCGACUUCGUAAAGACCAAGCAGCGCGCGCCUCAGAACCCGAAGCCUGUUCCCGGCGCUCGCUGCUGCGCCUUUGACGGCGAUGCCGACCGGCUCAUCUACUACUGGAUCGACCCAGACACCGGCUUCUUCAUGCUCGACGGAGACCGCAUCUCCUCCCUCGCCGCCUCCUUCAUCGGCAACCUCAUCCACUCGGCCGGCCUCGACGACGAGGUCCGCAUCGGCGUUGUCCAGACGGCGUACGCCAAUGGCGCCAGCACAAGCUACAUUGAAAAGCACCUGCACCUCCCCGUCGUCUUCACCCCCACCGGCGUCAAGCACCUGCACCACGCCGCCUGCCAGUUCGACGUGGGCGUCUACUUCGAGGCCAACGGCCACGGCACCGUCGUCUUCUCCCAGGAGGCGAUGCGCAUCUUCCACGAGAAGGAACCGCAGUCGCCUGCCCAGAAGGACGCGCUCGACACGCUCGCGGCCGUCGGCGACCUCAUCAACCAGACGGUCGGCGACGCCAUCACCGACAUGCUCCUCGUCGAGGUCAUCCUCGCCCACAAGUCUUGGACCCUCAAGGACUGGGCCAUGACCUACGCCGACCUGCCCAACCGGCUCGUCCGCGUCGAGGUCGGCAACAAGGACCUCUUCCAGGCGACCGACGCCGAGCGGCGCCUCAGCCACCCGCCGGGUGCCCAGGAGGAGAUUGACCAGGUGGUCAAGAAGUACACGUCGGGCCGCUCCUUUGCCCGCGCCAGCGGCACCGAGAACGCGUGCCGCGUCUACGCCGAGGCGGCCACGCGGUCCGAGGCCGACGAGCUCGCCAGCAAGGUGGCCAGCAUCGUCAGACAGUUCGGCUCGUAG